CCGCCUGCAUUGGGCUUUGCAGUGUUGUUAACUAAAAAACCCGAGGCAAAGGGGGCUAGGCGGCAUACUCUUCAUAUUUACAGUCCAUGGGUAUAUUGCAAUAAAUCCGGGGGCUUCUGUAAUCAGCUGCUGCGUCGUAAGACGUGAAACACCGAUCCCUGUACAUGGGUGACAAACUGACAGAAAUGUCGGAGACUUCAAGUGAUACAGAGUCGUCCUGUGGCUGGACCAUUGUUAGUAAUGAGGGUUCGGAUAUUGAGACGCUGGGCUCAGAGGCUGUGGUGGAGUAUGGAGCGGAGUUGUUAGAGUGCCCUCAAGUGGCCAAAGCAGAGCUGCAGGAACCGGCAUCGGCAUCUGCUGGUGUGUGUGCUGAGGAGGAAGCUGCUGACUCACUUGAUGACACUCUGGGAGAAAAAACUAUUGAUGAGACACUCUAUGCCUCUGAGGCCGGGAGCAACACCACAGGGAAAGAGCAUGUGACUGUGCUGUCCUCCAGCGAUCACUCGGACAUCGUGACUCUGCGAGACUUGAAGGAGGAUGAGCACGCUGAGGUGGAAGAAGAGGCAGAAGCAAACAAAGAGUUCUAUAUGGGCACCUCCUGCAGCAGCCAGUAUGCCUUCACCGCUGCUGAAACUGCAGGUUUGAUGUUGAGUCACUGGAAACUUCCACAGAGGCUUUUGAACCUCGGCUACAGUCUGAGAAGUCAGUUCACUGGAGGCCGCUCUAUUCCAGUUUUCCCAGUGCAACAGCCUGCAGUGACAAACUCAAGCAGCAGUGAGGACGAAGCCGGAAGAAGCCCGAGUACCGUAAUCCGAAGACGAAGGGUUAGGAAGAAUACCACGAGCAUCGUGACGGAGCCUGAAGAGGAGGAGGAGGAGGAAGGGGAGCUGGAGUCAGACCACAGUGAGGAGGAGGAGGAGGAUAAGGAACAGAGGCAGCAGGAGGAACAGACUGAAGUUAGUCCAGAUGAUCUUGAUGUCAGCAUCCAGGGACAGCGCAGCAGCAUCCUCAGCAAGUGUGUCCUGAUCGCCCUCCUCAUCGCCAUCAGCAUGGGCUUUGGUCAUUUCUAUGGUACAGUCCAGAGUCAAGAAAGACAAAAGACUGGAGAGAAAAUCCGAGUGAAUGAUCUUGAUAGUGUGAGAGAUCUGCUUCAGCGACACAUGAGGGAACUACCUUUAACAAAUGAGAAGGGUGACUUUGAUGACCUGGAUGAGCAAAAAGUGAUUUCCCUGCUCACAGAGGUGAUCGAGAAGAUGAAGAAAGAGAACCAGGGGCUCAGCGUCAAACAGGCCCACAUUCAGGCCCAGAGAGAUGACCUGGAAACUUUGCUGAAACAGAAGACUGACGAGAGAACUAAGAUUAUGUCUCAGCAGCAGAGGGUGAUGGCGGAGAAUCAGCUGCUGAAAAGCUCCCUGGAACGUGAAGAGAAGUCCCUGUCUGCCUUACAGGAGGAGCUGCGAAACCUGCGCUCGAAGAUCAGAGAGCGGGAGGCAACGGGGGCUGCUGACUCACCGCUUUCAGAAAACCAGAGGCUGAAAGACCAGUUGGAGGAGGAGAAACGGUUGAUCCGAAGCCAGAGAGAAGACAUGAUUGUUGAAGCACAGACACUGAGGAAGAAGCUGGACAAGGAGAGGAAGGUCACAGACGAGCUGCGGAGAGAGUUAAACCUGCUGAGAAGUCGUAUGUCUGGAGAAAAGGACGGCGGUUCAGGGUCAGAUGAGCUGCAGUCACGACUGAUGGAGCUGGAGAAGAGACUGAGCUUUGAGCAGCAACGCUCCGACCUGUGGGAGAGGCUGUAUGUGGAAACCAAAGAAGACAGAUCCAAGGGAGACACAGAGUCUAAAGUGAAAAAAACCAAGGAGGGCAUGGCAGGUAAAGUUAAAGAGACAUUUGAUGCUGUGAAGAACUCGACCAAGGAGUUCGUCCAUCACCAUAAAGAGCAGAUAAAGAAAGCAAAGGAGGCUGUGAAGGAGAACCUGAGGAAAUUCUCAGAUUCCGUUAAACUGACUUUCAGAAACUUCAAGGACUCAGCUUCAACCUUCGUUAACAAAGCCAGAGGCUUUUAUGAGAAGAGACAUGGAGAGAAGAACAGAAAGGAGUCGUGGCAGCACAGAUACAAGCCUCAUCACAGACACUCGCACAAAUAUGACGAGUCCUUCCAGAGCAAUGACAACACGCGAAAAUCAGGAGACAAAACUCACCAAGAUGAAGGUCCAAACACCCACAAGGCCAACCACAAAGGAUGCUCCGGGGUUUUUGACUGCGCUUACCAGGAGUCCAUGAGUCUCUUCAACAAAGCUAUGCAGCCAAUAAGAGCAGACGAGUUUUACCAGCUGAUGCGGAGCUACCUGCAGCAAGAGGUCGACCACUUCCACCACUGGGAGGAGCUUGAGAUGUUCAUCAACAACUUCUUCCACAAUGGAGUGUUUAUCCACGACCGCAUGCUGUUCACAGACUUUGUCAGUGGCGUGGAGGACUAUCUGUCAGACAUGCACGAGUAUCAUGGCCACGAUGACGAUGUGUUUGAAGAUCUGGAUGACUACAUUUACAGACACUUCUUUGGAGAGGCUUACAGAAAAAGCUACGGCCCGCGUGGGCCAUUUGAGAGACCCGAUGACUUGAAGGAAUCGUCGAGGGCGAAGCAUCACCAGCGAAAGCAGCAGAGAGCCAGAUCUCAAGCUCACGGUGAACGCAAGUGGAGCCGAUCAGGAAAAACCACAGGCAGACACAUAGGUGAUGUCAAAAUAGAACUGGGUCCAAUGCCGUUUGAUCCGAAAUACUAAAAAAAAAAAAAAAACCUUCAGCUGGGUUAAUGUUAUUGUUGCUAAAUUCUAUUUCAGGUUGUAUUUAGAUGCUUUUAUUUGUAAGUUUGCACAAUGUCAAUGUUUUUGCUACUGAAUGUCCUUCAUCUGUUCUGUCUUUAGUGAAGUUGUUGUUUUUAGGUUUGCCUGAAAAUGUGGCAUCGACAUUAUCUUCACGUUAGUAACUCGAGAAGUCUCACUUUAUUUUACAAAUGUAAAAUAUAUUUUUGGCCUCUAGAUGAUUUCCUGCUAAAACAUCACUGACGCACAAAAACAACUUUAGUACUUACAGUAUGUUUAAAAAAAACAAAAAAAAAACAACAUAAGGCACUAUUCAUUGGGAACAUGACUGUUGUGAAAUUUGAACAAACAUGAAACAAAGACUUGCCUCGUUUGGGUGUUUUUGUGUCAAGCCAUGUAGGUGUUUUAAUUUCCUGAUACAAAAAGCUAUUUGCUCGUGUGCUUUCAGAUUUUUUCUCUCAAACAUUCCUCCUCAAGCUGGUUUUAACUGGACCUGAAAGUUUGAUUGACAUUACUGGAAUCAAAUGUCACACCAAAUUUUAUAAAUGACACGGAAAAAAAAAAACACUUUGAGAAUUUAUAUUUGAAAUGAUACUUCAAAAUGACAUUUGAGUUAAAUAUAUUUAUUUCAGUAGCAUGUUGUUCUCUUUCUAAAUAGAAAAGUUUUCCAGUGGUUUUCAGUGCCUUUCAUAAAUAAAGAUGCUUCCUCCAACUCUU